CCACCCAUGAGCUAAACACACUGAGUCAGCGCAAGUCGCCCUUUUCUUUCCUCUCCUUUUCUUUUCUUUUCCUUCUUUUAUCUCUUAUUUAUUUUUUACAAGUGGGGAAAGGGAGGGGGGGGUGCAUAUCUGAAACUGCUCUCCUGCAGGUCCGCCUGACAUCUGCACUGCGGAUUCAAGGUUCUUCUCGUGCGUGCUGCUGAAAAUUCGCCAUGGGGAUCAAAGCUGCGCUCCCCAAGUACGAGCUGUACUUGUACACCCUGGUGUUGUCCGUGGCCGUGCUGUGGGCGGCCAGCUGGAUCGUGGAGGCAUCGACUGAAAAUGUCAACAGAAAGUCCUUCAGGGAGAACAUGAAGCCGGGAUGGCACUACUUUGGCAGGAAAAUGGACACAGCUGAUUUCGAGUGGGUCAUGUGGUUCACGAAGUUCCGCAACUACAUUCUCUUUGCUUUGUCUGGUCACGUGAUCUUUGCCAAGAUCUGCUCCAUGCUCUCCCCUAAGCACAGGUCCCUAAUUUACAUGAUCUACGGAUUAAGCGCAGUGUUUGUCAGCAUGGGCUGGACCUACAUAACCCUGGUGUUGUCCCACUGCGUGGUGCUCUACACGGUCUCGCUGGUCAAGCGUAAGUGGCUCUGCUUUGUGGCUGGUCUCACCAGCCUGGCCACCUUCAAGAUGGAGCCCAUGGUCUCCUGGCAGUCAGGGUUUGUAACUGGAACCUUUGAUCUCUACGAUGUCCUGUUCUACGGAGGUUGUGGGUUCAGCAUCAUGCGCUGUAUGAGCUUCGCCCUGGAGAACUGCGAGAGGAAAGAUGGGAACUACAGCUUCCUGGACCUGCUCAAAUACAACUUCUACCUCCCCUUCUUCUACUUUGGACCUAUUAUGACUUUUGAUAGAUUCCAUGUUCAGGCAAACAAUCCUGACUUGACCCGUAAGCAGUGGGAGAUGUGGAACAUCACCGUCCACGCUUUGGUACACCUGGGAGCCAUUGUGCUGGUGGACGUCUUCUUCCACUUCCUGUACAUCUUGACCAUACCCUCUGACAUGAAGCUGGUGAGACAGUUGUCAGACUGGUCCCUAGCUGGUUUGGCUUACUUUAACCUGGUGUAUGACUGGGUGAAGUCUGCCGUGAUGUUUGGCGUCAUCAACACCGUUUCUAGACUCGAUCAUCUCGACCCUCCCCAGCCUCCCAAGUGUAUCACGAUGCUAUAUGUUUUUGCUGAAACACACUUUGACAGAGGGAUAAACGACUGGCUCUGCAAGUACGUUUAUGACUAUCUGGGAAAGAACCACGAUGGGAUCUUCAGAGAGCUGCUGGCAACCAUCUGUACCUUCUCCAUCACGACCAUGUGGCUGGGGCCCUGUGAGAUAGUCUACAUCUGGGCCUUCUUCAACUGCUUUGGGCUGAACUUUGAGCUGUGGGUGGCCAAGUUCUUCUCGUUGAGACCCUUUUCCACCAUAGAGGGUGUCAUGUCUGAAUCCAUGUCUCGCCGGAUAAGGGGUGUCUUUAAUGCAGCAAACUUCUGGGCCAUCAUUCUUUACAACGUCCUCGCCCUGAACAGCCUGGAAUUUGCCAGGUUGGUGGCUACAAGGCUCACUGUCAGAGGCUUCCCGUUGUCCACCCUUUCCGUACUGUUUGUCACAUACUGCGGGAUCCAGCUCAUUAAAGAGCGCGAGAGGAAGUUGGCCCUGAAGGAGGAGGCGGCUGCGGCCGAUGAGGCCGGAAAAGAGAAAGUGGAGUAGAAGUAACAGGGGGCCCAAGUCCUGCCCAGGCCCUUCCAUGUGUGAACUUUCCUGGAAGACCAUGCCUCCAUCUCCAUGACUUCUCCACCCAUGUCUGUCUUCGCAGGAGACCUAUCUUACAACACCCAACCAUACUCAAGUGCACUUGCUGUACGUAAAAGCCACGGGUCCCUUCAACACACCAACAUACCACUGGUGCAUUUCACCGAUUACUGUAUUUUAUUUAAUUUUUUAAAAAUGGAUAUACAAAGGAAAGAUUGUGGUUGGCUUAUAUAACUACCAAAUAUAUUAUGUAUAACAUAAUAAAGAGACUAAUAUAUUAAAGACUUAAAAAGUCUGUGUGAAAAUAUGUAUUAUUUGCUUUUAAAAUUGUACAGAAAUCCACUAAUGAUGAGCUUUUUAGUCAGUCCUCCAUGUAAUCAUAGGCUCAAAUGUGUUUUUUAUGUCUGCCUAAAAAAAAUUACUGAAAAUAAAAAUUGACACAGCUGGCAAAAUUCGAAAUAUGUUCUUAUAUAUUUUUUAACGGUUCGGUAACUAGCAGCUGUUUUCCCACGACUUCGGAGACUGUUGACAAUAGCCUGGUGGUACUGAGUGCUUAAAGGGUUUCUUACUCAACUGGUACCAGUGAGGUGUUACUCAUCUCUUAUUACUGUUUGGUGCAGUUCAGCCUUCAGAAUAAAGACAUCCAUCUGAAAAAAAGGUGUGUAAGU